AUGUUUUCGGUGCUUUCUGCCGGUGCUUGUCGCGUUUCAACAGUGUCCGCGCCGAAACGAAUGUGGGAGAUCCGUUACCCUUCGACGGAUGUCGGACUUCCGUCGACGGAUGUGGGAUAUCCGUUGAAGGUUGAGGAGCGAGCCGUUGAGGAACAAACAUAUGAGGCGUAUGAGACUCAUGGUGAAGAGAAUGCAUUUACGGCCCCUAACGACGAUGAUGAUGAGGAGGAGCAUGUGGAUGUUCAUGACAUACAAGAGGAUGUCGGUGGAUUUUCUGGAGGUCCACGUGAUGGUUCAUUGCUGACCCACUAUGUUCAGCAUGUAGCUUAUGCUAUUUCACAAGGCCGGGAUCGAGGGGACACGCUGAAGUUGAUCUCUCAUGGAAAAAAAGUAAAUAAGUUAGGACCAUGCCACGAGGGAAUUCAACACAUUGUGUUGAAUUCCAGUUUGAUGCCUCUUACAGGGAUUUGUUAUGAUUACGUUGAUAAGGCGUUACUCCUCGGAUUCAUAGAGAGGUGGCAUUUUGAGACCAGUAGUUUCCAUCUCCCUAUAGGGGAGAUGUCGAUUACUCUUGAUGACGUCUCGACAUUACUUCACCUACCCGUGAUGGGGCAAAUGUGUGAUUUGGAGGAGUUGGAGUUUGAGGAGGCUCGUACAGCCCUUGUGCAACUACUCGGCGUUGAUGGUGGCACAGCAGGUUCUGAGAUGGAGGACGCAUGUGGUCCGAAAGUCAGACUCAGCUGGCUUAGAAAGCUGGCUUAG